GCAGCUAGAAAAUGGUUGGUUGUGGUUUUGUGACUUUUGUCCCUCACCGAAAUAAGUAUCCUCAACCUCUAUCGCUUGUAACUUGUCCCUCUUGCUUGUUAACUAACCGAAGCAAGGUACAGGAAUGGAGGUCGCCGGCGAUUCAACCUACAUCACUCCAUCGACCUACAACCGCUACCAAGAGCUAAGAGACUUCGAUGAAUCGAAAUCGGGCGUGAAAGGCCUGUUUGAUUCUGGCCUCGCUAAAAUCCCGAGAAUCUUCGUCCGACCAGCAGAAGAGAUUGCCCGUGACCAAUCCAAAUCUAGAGCCACUGGACUCCAAAUCCCGAUCAUCAGCCUCGAGAAUCUCGCUGUGAAUCGGCCAGGGACGGUGGCGCAAGUCCUCGAGGCGGCGCGUGAGGUCGGCUUCUUCCAGGUUUUGAACCACGGGAUACCGCAGAGCAUAUUGGAAGGGACGUUUGUGGCGGCGCGUGCCUUCCACGAGCUGCCGAAGGAGGUCAAGGCCGAGUACUACGGCCGGGAGGGCAAGAGAAGGGUGAAAUUUUCCUGCAACUUCAACCUGUACAAGUCAAGGCAUGCGCAUUGGAGGGACACUUGGGUCUGCCAUAUGGAACCCGAGCCGCUUGAUCCCGCGGAGUUGCCUCUUGUUUGUAGGGACGCGAUAAUGGAGUACUCCAAACGAAUGAAGGUGCUGGCGACCAUUUUGCUCGAAUUGCUAUCGGAAGCUCUUGGCCUCAAGCCGGACUACCUUGUCAACAUGGAUUGUGCUAAAGGGCAUGCUCUUCUCUAUCACUAUGCCCCGGCCUGCCCCGAGCCCAAUCUUACUCUGGCUACUCGCCAUCAUUCCGAUCCUGACUUCUUCACGAUCCUUCUACAAGACGAUACCGGCGGGCUUCAAGUUUAUUACCGGGAUCAGUGGGUCGAUGUCCCUCCUGUCGCGGGUGCUCUAGUUGUCAACAUUGGAGAUCUCCUCCAGCUUAUGUCGAACAACAUUUUCAAAAGUGUCGAGCACCGAGUGCUGUCGAAAGAUGUCGGGCCAAGGCUAUCCAUCGCCUGCUUCUUCGCUCUUUAUGAAGAUCCAACGUCCAAGGUGUACGGGCCGAUAAAGGAGCUGGUGUCGAAAGAUAGGCCGGCUUUGUACCGCGAGAUCACCCUCGGAGAGUUCAUGACGCACUAUUACUCGAAGGGGCUCGACGGCCAAUCCGCUCUUGCACCUUUCAGAUUGCCGAGCUAGACAUUGGAAUGCAAGGUUAGAUUGGUUCUGGAAUUUUAUGUAAUAACUCGGUGGAUGCAAGCACAAAAAUGGAAUAUUUUCACGAUGAUUAGAGAACAUGCUAGUAAUUAGAAGCCAUGAUUUAGAAUCAAGAGGUGAAAGAAAUUAAUAAUCGUUGUGAAAAUUAUACUAUUUACCUUGUUCUUUCAUCAAAUAGUUCAUCUUCGUGCUAUUUUCAUUGACCUUAAAA